UUUAUAUAAUUUGCAAUUGAGUAAGAAGCAAGAUACAUAUCUCUUGCGCUCGUCCCUUUUGUCAAAGUGUUUUAGAUUCAAAGAUAACAUAGAUUGCAAGAUACUAUUGAUACACAUGCGUAAUUGUUAUAGUCUAUGCUUACAAGUUACAACUUUGUUUCUUGGUGGUAUUAAUUAUAGAAUGAUGAAUGCCUCUAUUUAUUCAACCAAAUUGGGAUGCACACUCUUUCCGAAACAAGUCAACAACUAGAGUAAACUCUUCAGCUUGUGCUUUCUUCCUGAGUAACCAUGCUCAAUCCUAAAAAUGUUAUCCCAUAAUUGAGGAGACCAUAAGAAACAACCAAAAACCUCUUGAGUUUCUGUGCAGUGGAUUUAAGGGUUACUGAUCAUGAGAACUGUGUUUUGUGGGAAUGAACUUCACUAGUGGUUAAGAGAUACUUAUGUUUCUCGUGGCUUCAUCAGUGACUAAGAGUUUUUGUUUUUUUAUUGUUUGGCCUUAGUAGGAUUUUCUAACAUCUACUGGACUCUGUGUCUUAAGAACUAAAAGUUCCAUAACCCCCAAAAUAGAAAACAGUAGAUAGAGCUUACUGUGGUAAUGAUCAUGAGAAUAUGUUGUUUGCCAAUAUCCUGGAUUUCUUGAAUCGGUUGGUCAUCCCAUCCGCAAGACAUAAAGCUCAUCGACAAAAAAAUAUUGCAAAUGUUAACAAAAUAGGUUAUAAGCUAUUUAGGAUUUCAUGUUGAUAAUGUGGAUUUAGGUUCAACAUUAAUUUUUGACAGAUAUCCAUUAUAUUAGUAAUUUGAGUUUAAUAAAAUACUUUGUUUUUACUAUCAUACACGUGAUGAUCAUUAAACAAUUUGUUAUGCAGAAUAAACCAGCAUAUUUUAACUAUUUUUCAUUAAUCCAAAACGCUUUUGAAUAUCUAUAGGAAAAUAAAAUGUAAACAAUAGGGUUUAAUAACUAGAAUAAUAAUAUUUUAUUUAUUUGUUGACAAUUUUAAAUUUCAAAAAGUAGAUUUGGGAGAAUAUAUAUCAGAAAUAAAACUCAAACCGUAGUGCUAGUAAAAGCAGAAAAUGAAUAUGGUGUUAGUAAAUUACUAAGUACUAACAUUAACAAACCUGAAUAUUAUUUGCACUAACAAAGAGUUAUUUUAAUUUUUCCUUAGUUCGUAACAUUUUUAAUUAGUUUUUCUUCUUUGUGUAAAAAGAGGAGCAAAUGUCACAUUGCUACCAAUUAAAAAGAAGAGAGAAUUAUCAUUUUAUAGGUAAAUAGUAAAUGCAUAUAUGUUUCACCUAUAUAAUAGUUAAAAAUUGUCAACAAACUCUAUUUAUUAGCAACCCCAAAUGGCAAAGUUUAGUACACAUAACAUAAGUGGCCUCUCUUAAGACCAACACGAAUUAAUUUUCAUUAUUAAACAAAAAUGUUGUAGAAACUUUUAACGUAAACUAAACUAAGUCGCAAAACUUUUCUUCUCCAUUGACCUAAUUUUCAGGUUCUCCAUAACAAAAUUACAAAUAAUAUGUGUUGUUUAAUUGAUUAGAUUUUUAAUGAGUUAAGACAAAUAUCAAAUAAAACAUUAAUAAUCUACAAUUGGUUCAACAUAGACUCUUGUACAAUAGAUAAAAAUAGGAUUUUAAAUUAAUAGAUUAGAUGUCUGAUUCCCAUUCACUUACUUUUAUUUUUAAAUUAAAAGAAAAAUCUUCAAAAUUAUAUUAAAAUAAUAAUAAAUUGUGGCUGUGAUAUUUACAAUGAGGUUGUUGGACAUGCUCUUAGAUUAAAUUGAUAAAAACUGCGACAGUUCAAAAAAGAUUAAAAUUAUAUUUUCAUAGACAUAAAAUACCUAUCUCAUGAUAUAUUUACCUUUACUUUUGUAACAAUUUACGAUUCUAUUACAAAAAUGGUCGAACUUUCCAGUUUUGUUUGUUAUUUUUGGAUAAAUUUGAUAAAAGCAAAGAGAUUGUUUAUAAUUCUUAAUUUCCUUUUUUCCUUUUUCCUUUUUCCUUUUUUCACGGUAAUUUAUAUAAGACAGUUUCUGGCUUCUUUGUCUCACUUGUCACCAAAGAAAGAAAAAAAUCAAUGAAAGGAAGAUCGAGGAAGGAAAGGAAGAUCGAGGAAGGAAAGGAAGAGGUGUGUGGGUUAACGUCGUUGCCAGUUGAUGUGGUUACGAACUGUCUGGUUCAUGUAUCGAGAUUCGACCUCGCGGCCUUAGCAAUGACCUCCAAGGCACACCGGUCUCUCGCAACCUCCCCUUCUCUAUGGGACUUGAGAUGGCGGAUGAAGCGCAUUGAGCCAUCUUACUACGUGUGCUUGCACAUAUUUCCAGACUCCGUCCCACGGUGGUUCAUCCUCCACCCGGUGAAACGUCAGCUGAAACCGCUCCUCCCGCUUUGGUGUACAGAAUCAGGUUCCUCUUUUAUGGUGGUGGAUUGGGGUAUAUUUAUCAUCGGUGGACUCGUAAACGGCAAACCCACAUCGAAUGUCACCAUGUUCGAUUGUUUCGAGCAUGCGUGGUACCAAAUCCCGCCCAUGAAGAUGACUCGUGCUUUCGCCUCAGCAAGCGUUAUCGACGGCAAGCUAUACGUGUUUGGAGGGUGCGGGGAUGACGUUGAUUCCUCAAACUGGGCAGAGGUCUACAAUCCCCGCACCUAUACUUGGAAUUUUUUGUGUGUGCCUACUACGACUCGGCCAAAGAAUAUAAAACAAAGCGUGGUGAUAGGCAAGAAGAAGGUUUACGUGGUGGAUGAGGAUCGUCAAAUCUUCUCCUUCUCCCCAAGCAAACUUCCUCCUAUGUUUGUGUCGUGCAGAAAAACAGAUUCUAAACCAGGAGACAGAGACGACUGGUGUUUGAUCGGAGGAUUCUUAUUUUCCCGUGGUGCCCGCGGGACGAUACUUUGGUGUUUGCCAGAAGAGUUCGAUUGGAAGGAAGUCAAGGGUUUGGAAGAGCUGCAACAACAACAGUUGGUUGAAUACGGUAUCACCAAACUCUCCACAAACUAUGCGUCCAACAUUGUCAUCUUCUGGAACGCCCAGCCUCCUCAAGGUGGUGCUACUGAGAGUUUGGAGCUUUGGUCUGCGGAGAUUUCCCUAACGCAAAUCGAGACAAGCCAGGGACUAGAGAUUCGGGGGAAGAUCGAGUGGUCCGGUUCUGUCUACAAACUCGACUACCCUCUCUCAGAAUCAAAUAGAGUUAAGGUCUUGUUUGCUGCUAGUGUCUUUGCCUGAUGACGAUGUUCUCACCUCCUUGGUUCAAAACUAAUAUCUAUUGAUAUCUUAAGUUGUUUUAAGCAUCUUUGUCUGCAUUUUUAAUUUUUAUUUAAUUUGCAAUUUGAGUCAGAACCAAGAUACAUAUAUCUCUUGUGCUCGUCCCUUUUGUCAAAGUGUUUUAGCUUCAAAGAUAACAUAGAUUGCAAGAUAUUAUUGAUAUACAUGUGUAAUUGUUAUAGGCUAUGCUUACGACUUUGUUUCUGGGUAGUACUAUUACUAUAUAUAGAAUGAUGAAUGCCUCUAUUUAUUCAACUAAAUUGGAUACAGACUCUUUGGAGCUUACACUUGGAAACGGUAAGGCUCGUGGUUGACUUGAGCAACUCGGCGGCUUGUUGAUUAUGAAUGUGAGAAGCUUAUGGAGCAUCUUCUUCCAGUUAUCUGGAUCUUUUUGGAAUCUCAUAUGUUUAUCACUUACUAUCCAAAUAUUCAGCACAAAGCCUUCUCCAUGGAAGUGUUGGUAUUGUUGUUCAAUCCAUUAAUUUGGUUUCAAAAGCAUUAUUUGUAGAUAAGAAAGGUUAAGAUGUAUAUGAUUAUUCUGUCCCCUUUACAAGAAUGUUUUACAUUAAUUAGUGACUUGUAACUGCUUCUCAACCACACGGUCAAAAGUUAACAAAAUGUUAAAUUCUUUAUUUCGAUGCAGUUCAAUAUUUUUGUCAAAAACUAACCCAUAUAGUCAAAUAUGUAGUCAGACGAAAAGCACAACACUAUGUAUUCUAAAAGUUUGGAUAACAAAAUUAUAUUAAAAAUCUUUGUCAAAUAGACAUGUCUUUUGUUUAUUUUUCAAUUUCUUCCAAGACAAGAAAUAUGUCAUACUGUUAAGCAUAUUUAUGUUGAUGAAUAAACAUAUAUCUAUAAAAGAUGGGUGUAAAUGAUGAUUAGUUAAUCAUCAUCUGUCAAUUAAGAUAUAUAUAUGCUUUGUGUUUAUGGUAAACUAAUAAAAUUUCAGGAAAUGGUGAAGGGAACUAGCUAGCAAGAACAAUGGACACUUGAGAACGACAAGAAGAAGAAGCUUGUUACGUUAUAUCCUACAAGGACUAAAAUCUAGUUUCGUCUUGAGAUUAGAUCUAUUUGUCCUACAAAACCAAAAUCACGAUUAAGCUCUCUUCAUUAAGGCUGAACAAGAACUUACUCAAAACGGACUGAACCAAUUGUUUUGUACCUGGUGAUGAUGAUUGGCGAGUAUGGUGGCCGCUCGGUUAGGAUGGUGAAAUCUAUUAAUCUAAAGACAUUAGUGCUUGUACAUCAUGGCUAGAUUUUCUCGUGACAUCCACACUCUGGUGCAAAUGUGAGAUGUAAAGUACCUUUUUAAAAAGCAAAGGUUUGAGAACAAAACUAAAUGUGUUUUCAAAAAAAAAAAAAAAAAAAAAGAGAACAAAACUAAAUGACCUCUUUGGUUUUAUUGUAUUCUCUAUACUAAAUAGUCUGCUUAAUAGAUAUAGAAUUGAGGUUAUCGGUGAACAUCUUUGACAGCAAAUCUAGAGUAUCUUCACUAACCAUUGGAAUAACAAACGAAGUAAGUUUCUUCACACCGAAGAAAUCUUCAAAUCCGUUCGUAGAAGCGAAGUCGUUUCAUGUUCAUAACUAAAACCAAAAUGUUUGAUUAGGGGGUGAUUGGUUAGACUGUAACUGUAAAAAAUUUAUAUUAAAAUUUAGUCUGUAGAAUUUUUUAAUAUAGCUUUAAGGGAUAUAACUUUAAAAUUUUCUACAGCUAAAAAAAUGGGGUUUUAGAAAAUAAGAUUUUUACAACCGUUUUUUGUUGUUUUUGCUGUAGUUUUAGUUUUUUGGUUGUACCUUUAAAAAUUAAGAUAAAGUAUAAUUGAUAGUAUUUAAGGUUGUAGAUGAAAAUUAAAAGUAAAACCAGUUUCUACAAUCUAACCAAUCACCCCCGUCCAGUUUACUCAACAUUGACUCGGUUUGAUAUUUGACAAGUCAGGGGACUAGGAAAAAGUUAACUUAAUGGUCCAUUACUAUUAAUCUAUUAGAAAACUAUACGGUCCAAGCAUUAUUUUCUUAUAUAAUGGCGCAAGCUUCAGAGGGAACAUCUGCAUGAAAUCUAGCCAUAGAUUCUCAGGGUCUCAUAAUAAUUCCCUGCUUUUGUGCACACACCAUCUGACUUAAUCGUGACCGCACAUCCAACCACUUCUUUUUUUUUUUUUUUUUUUGCUAAAACAUCCAACUACUUCAAUAUCUAGUGUUUUUUUUUUAAUUUGGGAGCAUUAGAGUUGGUUAAUAUACCUUCGAUUACUCUUACUGUCUGUCUUACACAAUCCAAAAACACAUUGUUCGUUAUAGAAUAAUUUGGUAGGCCAACUCUAAUUUUAAAGUUAGACCACCUUAAUAAUGUAAUGGACUAGUGGUUGGUAGAAUUAUUAUUAUAAAUAGUAGUAAUAAGUCUUUGCAGAAAACAAACACACAAAAGCUAAAGCUUUGAAUGGUAACCGGCUUUUCGCCCAGCUUUGAAUGGUAACCGGUUUUUCGCCCCGCCCGGCAGUUAAUAGUAACAAAAAUCUUUAUAUAUAUUUUAUAUUUAUAAACUUUUACAAUUAUUAAAACGUACCGUAAUUAAACCGUUUGUUCUUCACCGCUCAAUCCGCAUUCACCAUUCGGAGUCUAACAAGGACGCAUGUGACGCGUAGGGAAUCUAAACAAUGUCAGACACUGCCCAUUUCUUUUCAUAUGCACCCACCUGUUUAUUUUUCCUAUUUUCAUUUUAUUAUUUUCCUAUUUUUCUUCCAUAACGAAUAAUCUAAACUACUGGAGUAGUAUAAUACUCCUAAUAAGUAACCUCUAUACUCCUCCCGAAAACUUGACGUGUCUUCUCUCUCCUUCUCUUUAAAUCUGCUUCGAGUUAAUUAGGGUUCUUCAUCUCUUUCUUCCUAUAGCCUCUUCAAAGUUCUUUAAUCUAAGUUUUUUUUUUGCUUGGUUCUAUUGUUUAAACAUAUCGUUUUCUUUUUUGCUAAAAUCACUAUAUAUAUACACAUAUCUCUUUUUUAAAGAGCUAAAUAGUUUUAUGAGGGUAAUCUUUAGUUUUCUACUCUCUUCCACUUUAUUUUGUGGCUUAAACUUAUAGGAUUAUGUUUAUCUCUGACAGAAGUUUUCCUUAGCUUAGAUCAUAUGAGUUAAGAUAUCUUGAUUCUUGAGCCUACAUAGUUUUUUAGAUCUGAUACAUAUCAUAUGAGUUCAGAUAUCUUGAGCUUACAUAGUUUCUCAGAUCUGAUGCAUAUCAUAAAUGGAUCUUGAUUUGACAAGCAUCUUUGUGUUCUGUCAGAUUUUGGCCUUCCAAUAUGAUUUUCAUGAGAACAACAAAAAUACAGAAGUAGAGCUCCUUAAAGUUCAAACGAGAGUUUAGCAGGGUAAAGAAAAGCUGCUAAGCUAUGGAUCCCAUAAGCCCUAACCUUAAAAUAGAAAAAGGAUUUGGCUGUAUGGCUUGCAUAUCUCAGGAGCUUUAACUUGCCCUUUAAUGGCUUUUACUCUUCUUUGGAUUGAAGGGAGCUCUACAUCUUUCAAUUUAUCUAGAUUUAUUUCUCUACAGUAAUGAAUGAAUUUAGUGUUGAUUUUGAUUUUUCUGUAUUGACAAGCAUCCCUCCGAAGGACGGUGCUAGUUAAUUUUGCAGACGGUGCUAGUUAAUUUUGCAGAUGCUGUUCUUUUAUGGUGAUUGUUUUGAUACUUGAGCGAUGUGUAAGUAAUUAGGGUAAAUGAAAUGCUUCAGUAUAUGCGACGAUUCAUAUUUAUUUGUAACUUUCUAAAUGUUUUGGUUCUUUAUUAUCAAAAGCAAUGCUUUCUUUCUUUUUUAUGAUUA